CCCAAGAAACUGGAAGAGAUGCAGAAGUUCUUCGGGCUUAAGGUGACUGGAAAGCUGGACAAAGAAACACUGGAGGUGAUGAAGAAGCCCCGCUGUGGAAUUCCAGAUGUUCCUGCGUACUCCACAUUUGAUGGCAAACCCAAAUGGCAGACCAACAAGCUCACCUACAGAAUCGUGAACUACACCCCUGACAUGUCGGCAGCUGAAGUGGAUGAAUCCAUGGAGAAAGCCCUGCAGGUCUGGGCCAAAGUCACUCCUCUGAAAUUCACCCGUAUCUACAGCGGCACAGCUGACAUAAUGAUCUCCUUUGCUACAAAAGAUCAUGGUGAUGGUAUGAUGUUUGAUGGACCACUAGGCACUUUGGCUCAUGCCUUUGCUCCUGGUUCUGGAUUCGGAGGAGAUGCACAUUUCGAUGAUGAUGAGUCUUUCACAUUCCGCUCAUCUAAAGGAUUUGUCCUGUUCUUGGUGGCCGCCCAUGAGUUUGGUCACUCUUUGGGUCUUUCUCAUUCCAACGUUCCUGGCGCUCUGAUGUUUCCUACAUACAGCUUUACUAAUCCAGAUCGUUCCCCUUUGUCCUCUGAUGACAUUGAAGGAAUUCAGUCACUCUAUGGUAAUAUGAUCAUCAAGAGAAUAUAUGUAAUUUCUGAGUCAAAAAUAUUAAGUUCACCAAAACCACUAACAGAUUGUCAAAACCUGGUCUGGGAUGCAGUGACAACUUUUAAGGGAGAAACAGUAUUCUUCAAGGACAGCUUUUUCUGGCGUAGUUCUUCAAGCAGAAGUGGAGUGCAACUUCCAAUCAAGAGUUUCUGGCCCAACGCUCCUGAUAAUAUAGAUGCCGCUUAUGAGGAUCCAGCGCAAGAUAAAGUUUUCUUUUUCAAAGGUAAACAGGUCUGGGCUUUCAAUGGCCAAAAUCUUGAUCCCGGCUAUCCUAAACCUCUCAGCAGCUUUGGUCUGCCAGCAUCUGUGACAAAAGUUGAUGCUGCCGUCCACAACAAGAACUCAGGAAAAACACUGCUCUUCUUUGACAAAUAUUACUAUCGCUAUGAUGAGAGGGAGAAUCGGAUGGACGAAGGGUAUCCCAAACAAGUGGAAAAUGUAUUUCUAGGGUUGACUGGACAGGUUACAGCAGCACACAUGUCCAACAAUAACAUUUAUCUCUUCAGUGGGAAAAAUUUGUUUGAGUUCAGCUCCAGCAACAGAAAGCUCCUUCGCUUGCUGAAUAGCAAUUACUUCCAGCCCUGUUAG